CUAUGUGCUACACGCCCCUCUUCCAUAACACCAAUUCCGUGAUCGGGGGUUGGACCUCUUCCAGUGGCAGCCUUCACGGGUGUCGGCCUACUUCCUCCUAUUUUAUAUUUCAAUUAAUUAAAAUUUAACACAUAUUCACUUUUCAUCACAUUUUUAAAAACUCACCAUAACACACAUUUUGAUAGGUAUGCAUUAUAUACCUUUACAGUCCGUCAAUUAAAAAGUCAUAUACCCUCACCAGCCAAGUUGGGAAAGCAGCUCAUAAAAAUGACGGAAGUGGAAGUGAUAUCCAAGUGCUUAGUCGGAGCAGCCGCUACCACGGCCGAGAGAUCCGACGGAAGCGGCGGCAGCAGCCUCUCAAGAGUAGACUUAACACCGUGGGAUCUUCAGCUCCUCCUGAUCGGCACCAUCCAGAAAGGCCUCCUCUUUCACAAGCCCACACCUCAACAAGAAAAGCAACUCCUCAUCAACUCCGCCGGCGGCGGACUCAUCCACCACUUGAAAACCUCUCUCUCAUCCGCCCUGGCUCUCUACCCUCCGGCGGCCGGCCGGUUUGCGACGGAGACAAAUGAGGAGAAUCAGACCUCUGCCCUCUACGUGGAUUGCAAUAACGCCGGCGUGGAGUUCGUCGAAGCCAAGGCCACCUCCGCCACCGUCGCAGCCAUUCUUGAUCCCUCCAACGACGACGACGCCUGGAAGACAAUCCGAUCUUUCUUUCCCCUCAAUUUCAUCCGAAACUGGGAGGGGAUCACCAAUCCCCUCAUGGGAGUGCAGGUAACAGAGCUUCUCGACGGUUACUUCAUCGCGUGCACUCUAAACCACGUCCUAGCCGACGGCACAGCCUUUUGGAAUUUCUUCCAUUCAUGGUCGGAAAUAUCCCGCGGUUACCAUCAAGUCUCCAGAACUCCCGUUCUAGAACGCUGGUUUCCAGACGACACAAAUCCCCCAAUCCAUCUGCCUCUAACCUUCAAAGGAAAAACUCUACCUCUCGGCGAUCUCACGCCGUCUCCCUUCCCAGAGCGGAUGUUCCGCUUGGCCAAAGAAAAGAUCACCAAACUAAAAGAAAAAGCAAACGCGGAAGCGGGAGAGACCGCGGGCUCCGUUUCCUCCCUGCAAGCAUACAUGGCGCACGUAUGGGUAUGCGUGACCCGAGCGCGAGGUCUCGAUGGUGAUGCAGACGUUCAAAUGUCAAUCACCAUCGGCACCCGAGCACGGGUGCCUCUCCCAGAAGGGUACUGGGGAAACGCGCUUUACGUGAAGAUGGUAACGGCUAAAGCAGGGGAACUGUUGGCGAAAGGAUUGGGUUGGGCCGCUUGGAAGAUCAAAGAAACAGUCCAGAACGAGAGUGGCGAGGAAGUGAUGAACCAGUACCUGAGCUGGUGGAAAUCUCCGGUGUUUCUAGGGGAGAAGAAGCUGUUCAAGGCGAAGAACACGCUUGUCAUCGGCAGCUCUCCGCGGCACGACAUAUACAGUACGGAUUUUGGGUGGGGAAAGGCGGUGGCGGUGAGGAGCGGCGAAGCUAAUAAAUCGGACGGGAAGGUGACUCUUUUUGAGGGAUCGGAGGAGGGGAGCGUGGACAUUGAGCUAUGCAUUCAUCCCCGUACUUUGCUCGGUCUCCAUAAUGAUCCAGAGUUCAUGGAGUAUGUCACCGUUCCCAUGCCCUAAAUGAAAAUGGCCUGGUGAAGAGUUUGGCCUGGUAUGAGGAGUUAGAUGUGAAAUUACUUACUCCUCUCUCACCACUCGUAUGAGUUUUAUGUUCUUCAAAGGUUUGUUGAGUUUGUUAAUGUUGAGUUUAUCGAUCCAGUUUCAUGAAUAAUCUUACUCCUUCCAAAAAUUAUAAAUUACGAGAUUAUUUUAUAUUUACAAGGUUAAAUUUUAUUCAUUUUCAUUAACAGAUGAUUUUAGUAACUGUAACAACCCUAUCUGCAUAAUCUAAAUACAAGAGUUAACGAUGCUACUAAUGUCAAAU